AUGAAUGAAGUUUAAUAAUUACUUCUGACAUCCUUUUCGUGUUCCCCUCAUAGAUAAUAAGCAGAAUAAUAAUUAAUAUAACAUUUAAUUACUAAUCCUCAACAUUUUCAAUAAUUAGGAUUAUUGAUCAUAGUACAAGAUUAAAGUAAUGAGAUUUCAUUUAAUCACAGAUUACCUUUAAAUGGCCACAGUUUUGAAUGCUACAAUUAAACUAAUGAAAUCAAAUCAAUGUAAUAGAAUAUCAAAUUAUUUAGAAUUGAUAACUCAACUUUACAAGCAAAGCUUAUUCGAAAUAUACACAAAUCUAAAUGUUCCUUUCUAUUGCAAAAUUCUAAUAAAGUCAGCAAUAAAAAUCAUUUUUGAGGAGGAUACAUGUAAAUGCGAUAAUUAAAAUUAGAAUAUAGUCAUCUUUUCCAGGAAUGCAUGUUUCUAUAUCUAAAGGAUCAGAGAUCAAUUAUAUUAUCAAUCUAGAUUUUCAGAUUAUUAACUGAUACAAUUAUCUCUGCAGACGUUGUGGAUCAAAACAAAUAUUCUUGGUACAUUGACUAUAUAGAACAAGUAAGCAAAAUCAUGAAUUAAUCCUUUAAUUUAGAAAAUGAUUCUCUAAUUUACUUUGACUUUUUGGAAUGCUUUGAAGGAAUGCUCUUUCGUUUUUUCAAAUAUGAUUAACAAAAGUAUUUGUUCUUCCAAAAUUUCAUACUUCAAAAUCAGGAACUUAGUAAACUAUUCAUUAAUAUCUUCUCAUUCUAAUCUUAGAAUCAUUUCAUAUAAUGUUAAAGCAAUUCAACAAUAUAGAAUGCUAAAAUAUUGACACUGAAAUGUUAUAAACAUAUCAUAAUUAGAAUGCUCUCCAGCAGGAACAAACAACAAUUGCAGAUAUUCCCAAUUUAUCAAUAACUAAAUCAAUUAAUUCUAUUUUUGAUUCAAUCCUUGCAAAUCACAAUUUCAGAAGAAGUGACUAUAAUAAUUUUGGAGAUUCUGUCUACAACUAUCAAUCAAAUAGAAUUCUAUAAUAUAUACUAAAACUAUUAUCAAUAGUUGAUUGUCACUCAUUUGUAUUCAUAUUUAGUGUACUCAUCUAAAUAGUUAUCACUGCUAUAUAACGAACCCUUAGACUUUAUUUAAUAAGAACUUAGCUUCGAUAGUUAAAAUAAACUACAAUCACUUCAUAAUCAAACCUUGGAUUUGAUUCGAGCCUUGAUUACUCACAUAGAUGGAGCUUAUUCAUUUUUAUCCUCGAGUGCUUUUGUGUUAUUUAAAUAUUCAAUAAAUGAAAUACUAUCGAAUCAAUUAUUCAUCAUAACAGAACAAGAAUUCAAUCACAUUAAACUAUUACAAAAUAAGUAAACUGUUUAUAAUACUUAAGCUCAAUCUUUUAUAAUUUCGAUAGCAAAUAACGAUUACAAAUAUCUCUCCUCAUUCUAAUUAUCAUCUAACCUACUCUAAACACCAGAUACGAUAUACAGGAAUACUUGGCAAUUAUCAUUUAAAACAGUUACCAAGUAGUUCUCCAAUGUUAAGAUGAGUUAAUCUAAAUACUUUUCACUAAAUUAAUAGGCGAAAGCUAUUCUAUUUUGAAAUCUACAGUGAGCUAGCUAUUUUAUAAACAAUUCCUUGAGAACAUAGUCAAACUGGAACAGAUUAAUAAACUGGCCUUAUUCUACCAAUAAAUCAACACAAUCAAUUUGAUUGUCUCUUCAGAUGAGCUACCUGGAUUCAUAGAGAAAAAUAAACUUUUCGAUGAAAUUAUCUAAAAAUUCUCAUCUUAAAUAUCUUGCACCUGCGAUAUUCGAAUCCUACAAAUGAUUGAAGAAUGGGUCUCUACAUAUCAAUUCCAAUAGAACACAAUCCAACUCAUUGCAUAGCACCUUGCAUAGAGAAUAUAUCAGGAAUAGACUAAUAUAUAUAACAAUCAAAUAAAUAGAGAAAUAUUUAUUGAAUUAUCAUGGAAUAUUCUUCAUUAAAUCGCGAAUCAUUAUAAUUAUUUUGACUAUUUAUUGAGUGUUGAAAAUCAAAUAGUGCAACUCUAUAAACAAGUCAAGGAUGAAGAAUCUGUCUAAUAUACAGAAAAAAUGAUUCCAUUCGUGUCAAUCAUAAUAUAGAAAUUAAAAAGAGUGACGAUAGAUCAAAUAUCCCUAUUGCCUAAAUUUGAAAGAAUCCUCCAAUCGUAAAAUUAUUCUUUUUAAUCAUUAUUUGAACUUCUAAACAAUUACAUGUAUUUUGGCAGAGAAUAUUUCAUUAAUGAAACAACUUAAUCCAUUGUAUAAUUAUAAUGUUAUAUUUAGUACUUCCAUUUGGCCUUAUCGAAUAUUGUGUCUAAUUUGAAUUCCACAUUAGAUAAAUGCGAAGGAGCCUUGUUGAUUCAAUUAGGAAUUCAAUGUCUAAGGAAUGAUCUUAACGAAAAUAUUCUUAGACAAAUAUUUGAUCAUUCCUAUCAAAUUAUCAAACAAUCCAACACUGAUGAAUUAUUAGCAUCAAGAAUUAAGUGCAUAUUCCUAAGUGCAUUAUUGACAAUCAAAUCACUCUCCGAAAAAAUAAUUGGAACCAACCAAAUGCAAAGUAUUUAAUAGGAGUUAUAUGAAAUGAAUUAUUCUGCUGGUUAUGAUGCUAAGUUAUUCAUCAUCUAUUAUUCUAAUGCAAUACUCUAGAAUCCUGAAAUCUUAUUAACUACUGGUUGUAAUAUCGUAUCAAUGUUAUCAUAUCAAUUGGAAUAACAGAAGGAAGAAAAGUUUGAGAGCUUUGAUGGCUGUUCUUCAGGGUCUGAAGAUGAUGAACAUUGUUAUGAAAACUUUACAGAGGAGAAAAGAACUCUUGAAGAAUAAGUCACCAAAUUUAAGAGUGGAUAUGUUAGUGUUGAUGAAUUUGAAACAUUUAAAUAGGCUAUUUAUCAAUUAAAAGCACAUCAUCCUAAUGUCAUUGCAUAAUUCAAACAAGGUCUACAUUUCUUCACUUCAAAAAAACUGUAAUAGAUGUUAUCAGUAACCAGAGCCUAAUAUGAAUAACCUAGACAAGUAUUUAAUUGUGUAUUAUAUAAUAGAUGAUAAAAAUAGCAAAACGAAAAAAUCAUUGA